UCAAUACAUUCGGCGGGUAAACUUAAGCUCUGGUAGGUAGCAGACAAGUGACAAUAAUUUAAGAUUUUAAUUCUUCAAUUGAUUACCAGCAACGAAUGGUGUAAAUAUUUGUAAAACAGUUUGGAUAUACUACGGAAACCGGAUUUAUCAAGAGUUGUGUGCAUAUUAAGAGAAGUAAUGAGACUGGAAUGUAAUCCAACAGAAACGGUAUGAAUGUCAAUAAAAUGACGUUCUUUGGGUUUUGUAUGCUAGUUUUCGCAAAUUUAAUUGUUUAAUUGAUUCUUUCCAAGAAUAAAAUGUCUUCUGAAGAAUUAAAAUUCAUUAACACACUAAGAGAGAAUGGUUACGAAGGUCACCUAGAUGCUGCUGUUUUCAAGUCAGUACCAAAACAGUUGAUGAAAUGGUUGUCAGAAAACAUAAAUUCAUCAGUUUUACUGAAGCCAGAUGAAUUAACCAGAUUAGAAGAAUAUGAACAUGAGAAUUUAUUCAUGAGUAGAAGUAGUGAAGUUGAUAUUAGUGGUAUAUCACAUAGCCACAGAUUGAGUAAUGGAUCAUCUGUUUCAUCAGAAACUGAUGACAGUGACAUUAUUAUGAAUGAAAGCUGUUCUGAAGAUGCUUACGAAGAUGACAGUGAUGACGACGAUGAAAUCAGAGCUUUGAAGGAGGAGAUCAGAGCUGAAGAUGAAACGAAUGUGAAGUUGAAACAGCUUAAAGAGUGCUUAACGAAGAAGCUGGUGGCGGCGGACAGCGAGGUGCGGGCGGAGGGCGAGAGGAGGGGGCAGGUGGCGCGGGAGAUGGCGGAGCGCGCGGAUCAGGCGCGCGCCUCGUGCGGGGAACUGGGCCGCGCCUACCAGCGGCUCGUCGAGCAGGCGCGCCUGGCGUCCGCCGUCCUCGGCUCGGGCGACCGCGAGGAAAAAAAGUUUUUGCACCAAUUUAUCAGUGGAGAGCUUGAAGAAAAUUUUGAGAAAUUUCUAAGAAGUAUCAAAAAUUUCUUGGAAAAACAGAAGCUUGAGGUUGCAGUCCCCAUUGGGGAGGGAGAAAAAUUUCUUUUGGAUUCGGCACCAGCAGAACUGAAGACGGACAGCCCUGAAGAGCUUAGAGUUAAAAUUUUAACUGAAGAACUUUUUAAUUUGUUGCCAAGGGUUGCUGAUUUGCAUAAGCGACAACUUGAAGCUGAAUGUGCAUCAUUGGGGCCGUCAGCUGCUGAGAGUGUGUUUAGAGAUAUCCAGACUGGAAAGUAUAACAUCUCCCUAGAAAAACUUAACUGCCGGAGCGAGGAGCUGAGGCAGGAAGUCCCGGGGCUGGAAGCGGAGGUCGAGGCCCUGUCGCGGGCUCGGGCCGGGGCGGAAAUGCUCCCCUUGUUGCUGGGCGCCGCCCGGGAGCUCGUGGCACACCUCUCCACCGGGCGGCUGGCCCAGGAGCGGCUCGAAGCGUGCGUGGAGUCGUACCUCCGCGCCCUGGAGCUGCUCCGCUCCGCGCUGGCGUCCCAGCACGACGCCAUCGGCCACGCGGCCAGCUUCGUCCGCGACGCGUGCCGGCUCGUCGCGAGCCAGCACUCGCAGGCCGCCAAAAGGAUCGACCUGAUGAGCGAGCGGCGGCAGCGGCACGACACAGAGCGGGACCGGGCGGCGGGCGAUGGCGCCCUGCCGAGGGCCUUCCAGGGGCUGCUGCUGGGGGGCGAGAGGCCCCCCUGUGCCCCGGCCGACGCCACCCUCGACCUGAUGGCCGCGUCCCUGGACCAGCUGAGGGCGCAGAACGCCCGGGCCGCGGACGACCACUACGCCCGCGCGGUCGACGGGAACGUGGCCGUGCUGCUGGGGAACAAGCAAGCAGUGGAAUCUCUGAGUGAACACUUGCUCCCCCAGGAGAGCGUUGCAGGGUUUCCCUCGGUCGUCCAGGACUUCAGAGAGCAGUUGGCUGUAGCAGGCUCUGCCGUGGAGAACUUUGUAAGGAAGAAGGAGCAGUUCAAAAGCAAUUUUGAAACUAAAAAGAGUAAAAUCAACCAGAAUACCCAACUAAGGAAAGAACAAUUAGAAUGGGUUAAAUUUGUAACUCAUGGGAAACACAGUCAUGAUGAGACUUUUGUUUCAGCUGGCUCUUUAAAUAUGAGUGUUUACGAAGAAGCACGGAAGUAGGGAGAGUGUGUGUUGUGUGUGAAAUAAUUGUUUAUCUGUGGAAAAAUUUCAAUUUGUUUAAUGUUGUUUACCUUAAUAAUAUUGUGAUUGAAUUGUAAAUCAGUAAAACUUUAUUGAGUGUGUUCUGA